CCUCAUUUUUCUUCUUCAUUCUUCAGUCACCUCUCCAACUGCGCCUCCAUCACAAACACGACUGCGGACUUGCAAGCUCCGCCCAUCUUGCUCGCACUUUUGAAACAUUUCGUCUCUCCGCCUCCCACCAUGAAUCCAUCGAUAUCCACGGCGGGAGCAGUCGUCGACGAUUUUCAGAUGUCAUGCAGAUUUUCAAAUUUUGGAGAUCAUGCACCUGAAUCAUUUGACUCACUUUCCUGUGGAGCAUGCUUCUAUUUUAUUUUUAUGCUCGUAGAGCACUAUAAAGAUAGAUACGUUGCAAGUCUUUGUGAAGACACUUUCGGAGUACUAGUAUGCCCAGUUGAUGUCAGUGACAAAAUUUGCAAUUGCUAUAAUCGAGAAUAUGUCUACAAUAUUCCGGAGUUCGCACUUAAUUCAUCUCGAAUAAAACCUCUGAAUCAUCUGCGACUUGAUCCACCGUUACCUUUUCAAUUCGAUUUAAUUGUCAAAGAUUGCUGCUCGGCCGCACGAUAUUGCUGUAGAAAUACACUUGUGAAAUAUCAUCAUCGUGUCGAUGAUUCUCCAUGUCCGCCUACUUGGGAUGGAUGGAAUUGUUUUGAUUCAGCAACUCCUGGUGUUGUUUUUAAACAAUGUCCUAAUUAUAUUUAUGGUGGAUCCAACAUUAAAACUGAUUAUGAUAGAUUAUCUCAAAAAGUAUGCAGAUCUAACGGAUGGGCGACGCCAGAAGUCAAUGCUGCAGCACGAGAGCACACUGAUUACACGGGUUGCAUGUCUAAUGGGGAUGUUGAAGCUCGUAUUCUAGCUGGAUUGCUUACUUACUCUGCUAGCGUCAUAUUUCUCAUUCCAGCGGUUUUCUUACUGACACUACUCAGACCAAUUCGUUGUCAACCAAUGUUCAUUCUGCAUCGUCAUCUGCUCAUCUCAUGUCUCUUAUACGGAGCAUUCUAUCUGAUCACCGUGUCUCUUUUCGUUGUCAACGAUGCUCCACUCUCUUCACAAGUCUUCCAGAAUCAUCUGUUCUGUCGUCUUCUCUUCUCCAUUCAAUUACGAUACCUUCGACUGACCAAUUUCACAUGGAUGCUUGCAGAAGCUGUUUACUUAUGGAGACUAUUACAUACUGCUCAACAUUCUGAAGGAGAGACUCUCCGAAGCUACAAAGUUAUAUGUUGGGGUGUCCCUGGAGUGAUCACAGUUGUCUACAUAUUUGUCCGAAGUCUGAAUGACGACGUUGGAAUGUGUUGGAUUGAAAACUCGACGGUCGCCUGGAUCGAAUGGAUGAUCAUAACACCAUCUCUUCUUGCAAUGGGUGUCAAUUUGCUCUUGCUCGGGCUAAUCGUCUACAUUCUCGUCAAAAAACUCCGAUGUGAUCCGCACUUGGAGAGAAUUCAAUACAGAAAAGCUGUCCGCGGAGCACUCAUGCUUAUUCCAGUAUUCGGUGUUCAACAGCUUCUUACAAUAUAUCGAUUCAGUAACACAUACUAUCAGGUUACGGAUCAAUCACUUAAUGGAUUACAGGGAAUGUUUGUCUCAUUUAUCGUUUGUUACACAAAUCGUUCUGUCGUAGAAUGUGUUCUGAAAUUCUGGUCAUCACAUCAGGAGAAGCGGGCUCUCGGAGCUGAAUGCCGACAAAGAAUGAGCAUUCAAGAAAGCGGAAAACUUAUUCUCAGGCCGCCACAAACCGAACACGUCGUACUCUAAGUAUCUUUCAAGCUCAUUCCAAUUCUGUAUUUAUUUGUGCUCCCAGGGGAUAUCCCCCCUUCCAUUUUCAUUGACCAAAUUCCUGAAUUAAAUUUUAAAUUUAGGUUUAUUUUUUGUACACAAAAACAUAAAAAUAAUAAUAAAACGAUUUUGAUUC